AUGCCGCAGGUGGUGAGAGCCAGCAACAAGCACGGGGGUCAGGGAGCCGGCCGGGGCUCGGUAAGUGGAGAGAGAGUCGAAAGGAAAGAAUUGGGACGUGGACAUGGAGUGUCUGAUCCUGGAGGCUGGCCCCAGGAGGCCGAGGCCCGGGAGAGGCAGGAACUGGACGAGGAGAGGAGGAGACUUGAAAGAUUCAGCAGUCCCAGAGCUAACUUGGAGAGCCUGGCUGACCUGGAAACGUUGGUUCAAAGACGGAGAGAAAAGCGACUGAAACGCAGAGUCCCUGCCAGGGCACCCGAGCCUGAGGUCAAGCCGCAGCCCCUGGCCCAGCUGGAGCCCGUGGACCUGGAGGCGUUCCUGAAGGCAGCUGCUGAGAACCAGGAGGCCCUGACUGACAAGUACCUGACAGACGGAGGGGACCCCAAUGCCCACGACAAGGUCCACCGCACUGCCUGGCACUGGGCCUGUCCGAAGGGUCACAGCCAGCUCGUGAACAAGCUGCUGGAGGCAGGUGCCACCGUGGAUGCUCGGGACUUGCUGGACGGGACCCCUGUGUCCUGGGCCUGCCGCGGAGGGCACCUGGACAUCCUCAAACAGCUGCUUAACCGGGGUGCCCAGGUCAAUGCCCGGGACCAGGGGAGGAUCUGGCGCACGCCCCUGCACGUGGCCGCACACCGCGACUGCCUGGAGCGCCUCGUCGCCUGCGGGGCCCGCGCUGACGCACACGACAAGGAAGGGGACAUGGCUCUACACGAGGCGGUGCAGCCCGGCCACUGCAGAGCCACGAAGGUGCUGCUGCUCUACGGGGCCGGGCUGGGCAUGAGAACGCAGUGAGCUUCAGUGACCCCAGUGUAGCUGGCCCAGGACUGGCAGUGGGGCAUCCGGGAAGCACUGCAGGCCCACGUGGGGCACCCCUGUACCCGGUGCCGCCAACAGCCGAUCCUCGGGGCCACUCGCAGCCACCAUUCCAUCCCGUCACCUCCGCCCCGUGCCACUCACGCGUCUCACCUGCAUGGUCCUCCCUCGGUCACGACUCCCCGCUCAGGGCCGAUUCCGCGCCUCCAGGCAGCCCUGCUGAGCCGGUCCCCACCGGGGCGCGAGCUGGGGGCUGACGCAGAGGACCCGGGGGCGGCAGGCGGGUGCAGGAAACAAAGUGGGUCCAGACGAGGGGCCGCGGAGGAGCGUGGGGACCGAGGACGGAGCAGCACGGGAACAGCCUCGAGCUCCCUGGGGCCGGUGCCAGGGCUCCUCGUCACGCUGCACGGGCGCAGACCUGUGCUCUACCGCUGGCGGGCAGGUCCUUACAUGCCAGAAGCUGAAGCGCUGUGGAAGCCGCACGGCGCCCCCGGGGGCCGCGGGCUGCCCUCCCCGGAACCCCACGACAAAGGCUUAGGAAACGACAAUACUGUUAGCGGCGACUGGGCCAGGCAGGCGGAGGAGUGGCAGGAGGAAGAGGUUCCUCAGCCCCGCCGCCGGGGCCAGCAUGAGAAAGCCACCCGCACGGGAGGGAGCGGGGCUGGUGCGACAGACUUGCUUCCAGGUUUGGCACGUGGGACAGGCUGGGCGCGUGCUCUGAAGCAUGGCAUCGUAAGGGAAGCCAAAAAGGUCACCGUGGCCAAGGCCAUGGAUGUGAUCCCCCAGCCCACACUGGUGCUCCUGGUUUGCUCAAAAAGUGCUGCCAGCAGCAGAAGGCUGGCAAAUUAA